AUGGAUUACCCUUAUCGAGGGAAUCAGCCGACUUUUUAUCUCCCAACUGAGCAACUGGCCAGUCAGCUCAUCAGGAAUCUCUGGCCUUCCGUCAUAUAUUUCGGCCACAUCCUCAAAUCCACCCCUUGUACUCGUACUUCCCUCGCCCCCCCCCCUCCUCCUCCAACCCUUGGUCGUCUGUCUGCUUUAAAGAUAUCGGCUACUCUUCCUACACCACAUGUUCGAAGUAGUUACUGUGACCGUUUCGCCUGGACAGGAGCCGAAAACAUGCCUUGA